AUGAAUGGCCGUGACAUGGAAGAAAUGCCGUUUCAGAAAGUCAAGAAGAGCAAAAAGACGAGGAAGAAGAAAUGUUGCCGCCGCCGCCGCUGCUGUUGCUGUUGCUGCUGCUCCUCCACACCCGGCCCGCCGUUGGCGGCGCAGCCGCCGCCACCUCCGUCGGCUGCAGGCAGUAGUAGCAGCACCUCCGGAGCUGCGGCCACGGCAGUGAGAACUGUCGGAGAGGGUCCCCCGGUUCCCUUUCUGGACGGCGUCGCCUGUGAGGACCAGUUCGACUGCAAGGAACUGGAGUCGCUCUUCCAGAAUUACAAUCUGAAGCUGGAGCAGACGUCCACGCUCAAAGCGCUGGCCGUGCUGAUCGCGCUGACUGCCAGCUUGGCGCUAUUGGAGCUGCUUUCGGGCCCCAGCCUGACUAUUUCCAAGGGCUCCCAUCCGGUACACUGUAUCAUCUUCCUCUCCCUCUUCAUUGUCACCAAUGUUAAGUACCUGCAAGUCACACAACUGCAGCAGAUAGUGAAGCUCACCUUGCUUUUCAGCUUUACCUUCGCCUUCCUCUGCUGCCCUUUCUCGGUAGGCGCCUAUGGCAUGGAGCCACCCAGCGCCCCCGAGCAGGGUAUGUGGCAGCUCAUGCUGGUCAUCUUCGUCUCCUACUCUCUUUUGCCCGUCCGCACUCUCCUGGCCAUUGUCUUCGGUUUGAUAGUGUCCGUCUCUCAUCUCAUAGUCACUGCCACUUCAGUCAGUGCCAAGAGGCAGCCCCUCUGGAAGACGCUAAUGGCCAAUGCUAUCCUUUUUGUCAGUGUAAACUUGUAUGGGGUCUUUGUAAGGAUAUUAACAGAGAGGGCACAGAGAAAGGCCUUUCUUCAGGCCAGGAACUGCAUAGAGGACAGACUGAAGCUGGAGGAUGAAAAUGAAAAACAGGAACGACUCCUGAUGAGCCUUUUGCCCAGAAAUGUUGCCAUGGAAAUGAAGGAAGAUUUCCUUAAGCCACCUGAAAGAAUUUUCCAUAAGAUUUACAUUCAGAGGCAUGACAAUGUUAGUAUAUUAUUUGCAGACAUUGUGGGGUUUACCAGUUUGGCAUCUCAGUGCACUGCUCAAGAACUAGUGAAGCUUCUGAAUGAACUUUUCGGAAAGUUUGACGAAUUAGCCACAGAAAACCAUUGCAGAAGGAUAAAGAUCCUUGGUGACUGUUACUAUUGUGUAUCAGGAUUGACCCAGCCCAAAACUGAUCAUGCUCAUUGCUGUGUUGAAAUGGGAUUGGAUAUGAUUGACACCAUCACAUCAGUAGCUGAAGCCACUGAAGUAGAUCUCAAUAUGAGAGUUGGUUUGCACACUGGAAGGGUUCUUUGUGGAGUUCUGGGUCUUCGAAAAUGGCAGUAUGAUGUUUGGUCAAAUGAUGUGACGCUUGCUAAUGUAAUGGAAGCUGGAGGGUUGCCUGGGAAAGUGCAUGUAACAAAGACUACAUUAGAGUGCCUAAAUGGUGACUAUGAGGUGGAACCCGGAUAUGGCUAUGAAAGGAACAGUUUCUUAAAGAAGCAUAAUAUUGAAACCUUUUUCAUUGUGCCAUCUCAUCGGAGAAAGAUAUUUCCAGGGCUUAUUCUUUCUGACAUAAAGCCUGCCAAAAGAAUGAAGUUCAAGACUGUUUGUUACCUCUUAGUUCAGCUGAUGCAUUGUCGGAAAAUGUUUAAAGCUGAAAUUCCCUUCUCCAACGUGAUGACUUGUGAAGAUGAUGACAAGAGAAGGGCAUUAAGGACAGCCUCUGAAAAACUCAGGAAUCGUUCCUCUUUUUCUACAAAUGUUGUAUAUAACACUCCUGGAACCCGAGUUAACCGGUAUAUCAGCCGCUUAAUAGAGGCUCGGCAAACUGAAUCAGAAAUGGCAGAUCUAAACUUUUUUACUCUAAGGUAUAAGCAGAUAGAACGUGAGCAAAAGUAUCACCAACUUCAGGAUGAAUAUUUCACCAGUGCUGUAGUCUUGUCACUGAUUCUAGCUGCCUUAUUUGGCCUUGUCUACCUUUUAAUAAUACCACAGAGUACCAUAGUCCUUGUUCUCUUAGUAUUUUGCAUGUGCUUCCUGGUGGCAUGCAUCAUGUAUCUACAUGUCACUCGAGUACAAUGUUUUCCAGGGUGCCUGACAAUACAAAUUAGAACCAUUUUGUGUAUUUUUAUUGUGAUCUUAAUUUACUCAGUGGCACAAGGCUGUGUGGUUGGUUGUAUGCCUUGGAUCUGGAACACUAAUUCCAACAGCUCUAUAGUUAUAAUUUCUUCCAGUGGGAUAAAUAAGACAAUGACUGAGCUUCCAUGUGAUACAGCUCAUUAUGCAUUUCUGUCCUGUGUUGUCGGAACUCUGACCCUGGCAAUAUUUUUACGUGUAUCUUCUUUGCCAAAAUUGAUCCUCCUACUUUUUGUUAUGAUUCUGUAUAUAGUUAUUUUGGAGCUCAGUGGAUACCGAAGGGCAGUAGGGGAUGGCUCCUUUUAUGUACGUGGCUAUGAACCAAUAUUAGCCAUAUUGCUUUUUUCCUGUGCUUUGGCACUUCAUUCAAGGCAGGUGGAUUUGAAGUUACGUUUGGACUACCUCUGGGCUGUGCAGGCAGAAGAGGAGAGAGAUGAUAUGGAAAGAGUGAAACUAGAUAACAAAAGAAUACUUUUCAAUCUAUUGCCAGCACAUGUUGCUCAGCAUUUUCUGAUGUCUAAUCCAAGGAACAUGGACUUGUAUUACCAGUCAUAUUCACAAGUAGGAGUGAUGUUUGCAUCCAUACCAAAUUUCAAUGAUUUUUACAUUGAACUGGAUGGUAAUAAUAUGGGAGUAGAAUGUUUACGCCUGUUAAAUGAAAUUAUAGCUGAUUUUGAUGAGCUUAUGGACAAAGAAUAUUACAAAGAUAUUGAAAAAAUCAAGACAAUUGGAAGCACAUAUAUGGCAGCGGUGGGCCUUGUGCCAACUACAGAUAGUAAGGCAAAGAAAUCAAUUUAUUUCCAUCUCAGUACACUGGCUGACUUUGCAAUAGAAAUGUUUGAUGUUCUUGAUGAAAUCAACUAUCAGUCCUACAAUGAUUUUGUUCUUCGGGUUGGUAUUAAUGUAGGCCCUGUAGUGGCAGGUGUUAUUGGUGCCAGAAGACCUCAAUAUGAUAUCUGGGGUAAUACUGUAAAUGUUGCUAGCAGGAUGGAUAGUACUGGAGUGCAAGGUAAAAUUCAAGUUACGGAAGAAGUACAACGUAUAUUGAAGAGGUGCAAUUAUGAGUGUGUUUGUCGGGGGAAAGUCAGUGUGAAAGGCAAAGGUGAAAUGCUGACUUAUUUUCUAGAAGGAAAGACCGAUGGAAAUAAUUCACAAACACGAUCUUUAAACUUAGAAAGGAAAAUUUAUUCCUAUGGGAGAGCAAACAUUCAGACCAAGUUGGGCACAAGUUGUCCAUCUAUGUGCUCAUCCCCCAGCCUUUCAACAAACACUGGGUCUGGAACACUUCAACCACCAAUAGCACAUACUAAUCAGACACUCCAUUACCUUCCUUCCGUGCCAGCUAUAAAAGAGGCAUGAAAGCAGUGAAAAUCUUUGUCCUGUCAUUUGAAAUGAACAUGUACAGCAGAGGUCAUCAGAAAGGUUAAGGCUGCAAAAUUUGAUAGUAACCAAGAAGUCUAACAACCCAACCAAAGAGAACUUGGGAACCACUAAUAAGAACUUAUGGGAAGGAUCAAAUAAGGGCUAGCAAUUCUGUUUGAGAAGUGAUUUUCUGAAACUAUGGAAUAUUUUAUCAGUAAUUUUAAUAGCUAAAUAAGAUAAGACAAGACACACCAAUAAGACUGGAUGUUUGCAUAAACAACAUAACACAUAUAAAUUUGUGUGAGAGAGAUUGGGAUUGCUCCAUUCCCUACUGAUUUUCCUGCUGUAAACUGUCACGGAGAAAUGUUCUCUCAUAUAGCAGAGAGAACAUUUAUAUGAUCAAAUCCAGGGUGCUUGAUCUAUCAUUUAUAGUUGCUGUUUAAGCAAAGGGUGACGAUAAAUUUGAUUUAUAUGAAGAUGUAAGAAAGCACUGUGGAAUACUUUAACAUAGUAUUUCUAGGCAAACGAAAGAAAUUUCAGCCCUUGCUGUUAUGUUGGAAGUAGUAACUCUUAAAGAAAACAAAUGUAGCUUUUAAAUUUCACUAUGUUUUGUAUUUGAGAAUGUUUCUUAACUGUGUAGUGAUGAAUCAGAGAUCAGGCUAUAAGUAGAUUUAUUGGAGAUAUUGGGUACUCAUCGACUUUAUGAUAAUUAGGAAUGAUUUCCUAUUCACACAAACAUUUGGAUGCGGCACAGUUUAUCUCAUAUUGUUGCACAGAAUCACAUAGAAACAGCAGCUCUUAUACUGGAGAAGAUGGUAGAUAGGAAUAGAAUUUGGCUAACUAUUUCAGGACAGAGUGCUACUGAAGUGGCAGCUAUGUGCAUGCCAAAGGAAUAUUAAGCUGUAGAAAUUUAUGCCUUUUCAGUUGGCCAAAUGGCUAAUUUAAGACAUUCAUUAAAAGCAAUUUAAUUAUAAUACAUUUUGUCAUUAGACACAUAUACAGUUCCAUUCCCUGAAAAGUUCAUAGAUUUGUGAACAAAAGUUUGUUCCUGUCAUGAAAUAGA